AUGACAUUGAAUAUAACGGUUUUGAUAUCCGGGUCAGGUACCAAUUUGCAAGCACUCAUCGAUGCUGAAAAGAAUGGCAAGUUGAAAGGUAAGAUAACACAAGUUAUAUCAUCUAGUGAUACUGCGUUUGGUUUAACUCGGGCUGAAAGGGCAUCAAUUCCUACCAAGACUCAUAUUUUGAAAGAAUAUUACAAGGGAACUACUAAAGAACAAAAAGACGAACGUAAAGCCAAAAGAGAACUUUUCAAUUCUGAUUUGGCCAACUUGUUAAUCUAUGGUAAUAUUAAAGGUGAAAAGGAAGAUGACUAUAUAAAACCAAAUCUUAUCGUAUGUGCUGGAUGGAUGUUAAUUUUAUCUCCUAUUGUUUUGGAACCUUUGGCCAAAGCAGGUAUAACUAUUAUCAACUUACAUCCAGCAUUACCUGGUGCAUUUGAAGGUACUCAUGCCAUUGAUAGAUGUUGGAAAGCUGGUCAAGAUGGCGAAAUUACUAAAGGUGGAGUUAUGAUUCAUAGAGUUAUUGCUGAAGUUGAUAGAGGUGAACCUAUUUUGGUCAAGGAAAUUGACUUGAAGAAGGAAGAAACUUUGGAAGAGUAUGAAGACAGAGUCCACAAGGUUGAACAUGUUGCAAUCGUAGAAGGAACAAAUAUUAUCUUGGAUGAGUUGAGUGUUGAUGAAGCUAGUGAAGCUUUGGAUAAGUUGAAAGUUAAGAAUUAG